UCAUGUUAAACUGCGGCAUAGUAUCUCAGUGACCUGGCACUAUAAAUCGGCAAUAGUCUGGGCUAGUACAAGCAAAAUUCAUUUCAACAACGAAUUCAAAGCUUCUUUAUCGACAAACACCAUGUACUUGUGGCUCAUACUGCUGUGUUCUGAGAAAAUGAGUGAGCGACGUGCACGGUUAUAACGACACACAGUGGCAUACGAUGAGCAUGGCAGGUUCCGGCUGGAAAUACACCCCGGACACGACACUGUGUAUCAACUUUCUCAACCAGAAGCUGUGUGUGGACCUCAACAUGGAUCUGAGUCCGGCUGACAGAAGUGUAGCUCAGGCGAUGCAGGUCAUGGCGGAGGAACAUCUGUAUUGGUGUCUCGUCCUCUUCCGAUGGAGAUUGACAACGACAAAUCAUUUUUAUCAAGUGCAUUGGAGUCAAGGCUUGGAGUCAUGGCUUGGGGCGACACACAGAAGGGGAGAUAGCUGAGAUGGUUAAGAAGGAUCUACAAUCCCUGUCUGACUUCAUGGGGACGAAGAAGUUCCUGAUGGGGGACGAGCCCUGUGAGGCUGACUGCGCUGUGUUCGGUCAGCUGUCACAGUUCUACUGACAGUUCCUGGGCACUGGGCAUGAGGACAUCAUUAAAGAAACAUCUGGUGCUGUUCCUACUGCUGGUACACCCUGUUUUAGAGACUGCUAUGGCAUCCUCCCAAGCUGCGAGACGAGAUGCAAGUAACGAUGCGAGUCGAAAUACAAGUCAAGUUGCAAGUCGAGAUGCAAGUAAUGAUGCAAGUCGAGAUGCAAGUCCAGAUGCCAGUAGUGAUGCAAGUCGAGAUGCCAUUAGUGAUGCAAGUCGAGAUGCAAGUCGUGAUGCCAGUAGUGAUGCAAGUCAAGAUGCAAGUCGAGAUGCAAGUCGAGAUCCCAGUCGAGAUCCCAGUCGAGAUGCAAGUCGAAAUGCAAGUCGAGAUGCAAGCAACGAUGCAAGUCGAGAUGCAAAUAGUGAUGCCAGUCGAGAUCCCAGUCGAGAUGCCAGUCGAGAUGGAAGUCACGAUGCAAGUCAUGAUGCAAGUCAAGAUGCAAGUCGAGAUGCAAGUAGUGAUGCAAGUCGUGAUGCCAGUCGAGAUGCCAGUCAAGAUGCCAGUGAUGAUGCAAGUCGAGAUGCAAGUCAAGAUGCUAGUCAAGAUGCCAGUCGAGAUGCAAGUCAAGAUGCAAGUCGAGACACAAGACAUGAUGCAAGUCUAGAUGCAAGUCAAGAUGCAAGUCAAGAUGCAAGCCAAGAUGCAAGUCGAGAUGGAAGUCGAGAUGGAAGUCAAGAUACAAGUCGAGAUGUAAGUCGAGAUGCAAGUCAAGAUGCAAGACAUGAUGCCAGUCGAGAUGCAAGUCGAGAUGCCAGUCGAGAUGCAGGUCGUGAUCCAAGGCGAGAUACAUGUCAAGAUGCGAGUCAGGAUAAGUGUGAACCGUGUCGCUGUUCUUUUUGUGGAGAGAAGGUUAAAGCUGAUUGUUCGCAUCUGAAACUAGACAAGGUCCCAUCACAUCUGUUACCCAACAUAACUGAGCUCAAUCUUUUAGGAAACAACAUCCAUCGUUUGGAAAAUAGAUCUCUCAGUUAUCCAAAUCUUACCAUAUGUAAUAUAUCUUCCAAUAGACUGAAUUAUAUUGAACUUUAUGCCUUUCAACAACUAAGAAACCUUGAAAUUUUGCACCUUGAUAAUAAUAAUUUAUCUAUAACAGAGGUCUUUCGUCACAGACUGUUUAAACAUCAGACAAAACUUAAGAAGCUCUAUAUAAACCAAAAUAAUAAAUCUCGCCCUUACGAUGCUAGCGUAGACCGAACAUUAGAAAGUAGACACCAAAAAAGUGUAUUCAAAUAUAGCUCAAAUUCCAGUUCCAAAAUGAAAGACAAUCAUCACAUUGGGAAUAUAUUUGGACGCGAUGCUUACCCAGGUUGUGCUUUCAAAGAUUUAGUAUCAUUACAAGAACUAUACAUUGAUGGAACGGAAAAACUAUAUUUUGGCAAGGAAUUCAAGAAUCUGAAGCACCUCCGGUUACUAUCACUAGGGGGGGCGUUUAGGACAUGUUACACGCGUUACUUGAAGAAUGACACAUUUGAGAAUGUGCCUCACUUACAGAAUCUGGAUCUGUCUUACUGUCUGUUGGUUGACAUUGAACUAUCAUCUUUUGAAGUGCUAAAGAAUCUAAGUAACCUCGAAAUGUCACAUAACAGAUAUCUGGGAAUUCCAAAAAUGGGACAAGCUAUGUAUGGAUUGCAGAACUCGUCUCUGAGAGUGCUAAACGUAAACGGAUUAGGACGAUUAAUGGGGCUUAGUACUAUGUUGACAGCUAAAGAUAUCCAGUAUCUAAAGCAUACGAAAUUAGAGGAAUUGCACAUUCAAGGAAACAGAAUAGAAAUAAUUGAUAGAAAUGUAAUGAUUAACCUUCCAACAUCUCUCAGAGGAAUAUCUAUCAAAGGUAAUCACCUUUCGUUUGGUCUUUAUAUGCUGGUAUUGUCCACGCUGACAAAUUUGGAGUGGCUGGAUGCCUCCCAUCAAAGUACAUCGCAUAUUUCCUUCUUUGAUACCGCAAGCCUUCAUUCACGUCACCUUCUGCAACUGAAUAGACACAUACCUUUCAGUGGCAAUAUUACACUUUAUGUUCCUCCAAAUGUUACAUUUGUCGAUUUAAGUCAUUCUAAAAUGGUUUUUGAAGUUAUUCGUUUCGAAAUCGGCCCAAACAAACUUCGUGAAGCAGAUAUAUCAUUUAAUUAUUUUACCAGUUGGACGGGUCCCAUCAUAGGGCUAACACAGCUGGAAAAAUUAGAUGCUUCUAAUAAUUUCUGUGAAUACCUAGCAGAGGGAGUGUUAACGUACUUUCCAUCUUUAAAACAUCUUGACUUUGGUUCCAAUUACCUUGGUUAUACCCUGACGGAUGACACCUUUGGUGAAAUUCCUUUUCUAGAAUAUCUCGACUUAUCAAAUAAUAAGAUAAGUUCACUUCCAAAGCUUAUCUUCAAGAACAAAAAUCUGCUUAAAAUCCUUAAUCUAAGUUCCAAUUAUUUGAUGUCGUGGAAUAUAGAAAUAAACAAUUUUCAUAUGUCCGUUAUAAAUUUAUCAAGAAACACCUUUGACGAAGUUCCAUCUCUUCUGCGCCAUCAAGUCAGUUGUAUGGUAAGUAGGGAUUUUCAGCUGUUCUUUAAUGACAACCCUCUCAAGUGCAAUUGCUUAACUUUGAAUUCAUUGAAAUGGAUGAGAGAUCAUGCUUCGAAAUUACAUAAUCUUGAUGACAUCAGCUGCCGUGAUGACAGCAACAGACGACUAUUCUUGAAAGACAUCCAUCAAAUCAUCUUCGAGCUUGACAAAAAGUGUACCUCCUACCUAGGUAUUUCUAUCGGGGUUCUCUGUCUUGUGAUGCUAGUUCUCUGUUUGUGCAUAACAGGUAUCGUGUACAGGUUUAGAUGGAAACUGAGGUAUCUUUACUAUCUCAUACGGAUGAAACACAGGGGUUACCUUGCUGCUGGGGAGGAAGAAGAGGGUGGGCCACAGUUUGAGUUUGAUGCCUUCAUUUCCUACGCUGACGAAGACCGUGGGUUUGUUGUUGAGAACAUGAGGCAGAUAUUGGAGGGACAGCAUGGACUUCGGCUCUGUAUCCACCAUCGAGACUUUCUCGUGGGGGAAGCUAUUGCUGCCAACAUUCUAAACGCUGUCAAAUCAAGCAGGAAGACGGUGAUCGUCCUGUCAAGGAACUUCUUGAGGAGCUACUGGUGUAAGUACGAAGUGGAGAUGGCCAAAAUGGAGAGUAUUUACACUGGACGAAACACACUGCUGGUGGUAGUCCUGGAGAAUAUUCCUGUGAAGGACCUGACCCCUGAUAUUGUGGAGCUGAUGCGUCAAGACUCUUACGUAGAGUACACAGAUGAUCGGGAAGGUCAGGAGGUGUUUUGGCAAAAUCUUGAACGUGCUCUACGUAUUGUGUAGUUGGUUGUUAAGAUGUAGGAGCAUGAUCUAUGUGAUUGUAGAUGUUUCACAAUUGAUCAGACCUUUUUUUAAUUUUCUACUUUCUUACAUUUUACUUCAAUGAUACCUGGAGAUACAUUUUAUCAUUCAUUUCCUUAAAUGUUUUGUUGUGGUUUAUUGUUGAGGUUGUGUGUUGUGCUUGGAUUGAUCUUCCCCCUCGUAUUGUCUUCUCCAUAAUAACCUGAUAUAUCUACAGUUUACCAUGCAUGUGUUAUGGUAGGUGUAUGUUUUAAUAUUAUUACCGUUUUGUUUCUCCUCUGUGACAUUAUGCUGAGCACACAGAGGUUUCGACUUACAUGUACAUAGUCUUCGGUUGCUAUACUGGAAUCAGUUAAACUGUACAUCUUCAUGACUGCAGGACAGGUGUGUCAAGGAUAUGGAGUUUCAGACAUUUGAAGCUUUCGGAUAUCAUUUGAGUCACAGAAGGUCUAAUAGUGUGUUUUCUAUUGCGUAUUACCUUGUUAUUUUUCCUGUAGAAUUAAGUGAGGCAUAUCACAUGAGGGUGUGGCAGUGGUGUUUGACUUUACAUUAUCGUUCUACUGAUGUUUUGGCAUGCACUCAACUGUAACUUUGAUCUGUAGGAGAAGGGAGUGUUUAGCACAAGUUUUUGAAAUUACCCAAAUUUCGUUAUAUAAUUUUUUCUAGUGAGAUAAAGGUUGAAACUUACAGAUGGCUUUUCAAUCCAAAAUUAAAAAACAAAACAAAUUUAAUUAUAUAUCCAUGUUGUCAGGGGUUUAAUUACAUUCUUACAUGAAACUAAAAUGCACAACGAGAUAAACAUGUACAUCAAUGUGUUAGGCAAUUCUCACUGAACACCCAUUGCCUUCAAAGCUAGAAACUGAGCCACAAGACCAGUCUGAUGUACCAUCUCAUCUCAAAUGAUGUGUUCAAGCAAUAAUAUAUUCUUAUUUUUCACAUGAUUCUUGCUUACUUUUAUCGACUGUAUCUAUGAACAUAUUGUAAUUUUUACGUUUGUUUAAGAAUAAUAAAUAAAUAGGUUUGCUUUCA